CUUCUGUGUGUUCGCGUUUUAAAAACUUUGCGUGUCGCCACACUGAGGGUGUUGCUAGUGCAGAGCCCGAACGAGCAUGUAAUUGACGUUCGCUAAAUUUAGCCUUCUCCGAAGCUGAGGCUAGCUAGCAUGCUACAUCGAUGCUCCUAGCUAGCGUCGAUUGUUCAGGCAGAUCGACGUUACCGGUGAUUGGCAUGUUCUUGUCAGUUUGCAUGUAAGAUGAUGUGCACAUGCACAUUCACGCUCCGCUUGGGUUUCACACGACACGUAGAGGAAGCACUCUGUUUGGUGCCGGGUCCUCCUCUUUGUUUACAAAUGUAGCCGUAGCACAUUCUGCAUGUUAGCUAUCUAGCUUAGGUCACAUUUUACUGUUUGCAAACAACUUCUCUUAAACCAAGAGCAUUUGCUUGAUAAGCAUUUACCCCAGCUCAAAGACUCUGAUAUUGGUUUAAAAUAAGGCUGCAGCUAACAAUUAUUUUUGUAUCGAUUAGUCUAUCGAUUAUUUUUCCAUAAAUCUGAAGAUUAUUUUCUGUCUAGUCGAUUAAUCCUUUUGUUUGACUUAUCAAUGAUUUAUAACCGCAACUUCCAUUAAUCUUUCAACCAUUUACUCGAGCAGUUUCUCAUAAGAAUACUUACUAGAACAGAAAUUUCAAAUCCCAACUUUUAAAUAAAUAAAGUGCCAAGAAUGCAAAAAAAGGUUUUAGGGCAUCAUUCACUAUAAAGUCCAGCAUAAAUUCGUCUCAACAUAAAUAAUGAAUAAAAGAUUUUAGGGCAUGUAUAUGAUAAUUAAAAUGUGAAAAAAUAUACACAAAAUAAAAUCAGUGACCUAGUUUAAAAUGAAUUCUAUCAAUGAAUGAACCAUUUCAAGGCCCUUUUCGCAUGUCUCUGCUUGAAAAUGUCGUGCCCAAAAUGAGAAGACUAUAACUCUGCAACUACACGGUCUAUAUGAAUCAGAUAUGCGAGUCAGAGUAAAUGAAGAUGGUAGUUUAUGUUUGUCCCUGUUUGAUUUGUUUGAUUGUUUUUUUAAAAACUUCUUUGGCUGCUGGAAAGGUGAGAGUUGGUUGUACAGUGAUAAGAAACGCACCGCUGGAAUGUUAUUAUAAGUCGCUUGUGUCGUUGGCAUUAGAUCUCUAUUCAAAUCAUUUCCCACACUUGGCCUCCAGAAUCGGGAAGCAGGGGAGAUGUGCUUUUCACUUUCUCCAGGGCCGAAGUGUACACACAAGUAAUAAUAAUAUAUUUGAUUUAUAAAGUGCUUUUCAUGCACCCAAAGCGCUGGUACAAGUGCAUCCCACUACAAUCGAGCUGCUGAGCCUGCUAACCAUUCCACCUGAAGCAGCAGGAUCGACCUGCCGUCUUGUGAAUUAUAUUUAGUUUCUGUUGGAGUUGGUCUUCAAUCAAAUUUUUUUUUUGAGCUGGUGUUGGAAUGUUUAUCUCAAAAAUGUAUUGACAAGAAGAUAUUGGAGUAUAUCCUCCUGGCCCUCCAUUGUUGGCAUUUCUCUUAACUAUCUUAAGCAGGCUACACAACAGAGCGCAGCUAUCCACGUCUCUGUGACAUACAGUAUGUUAGAGAUACAGAAUUCUACCUGACAACAGCAAUGAACUUAAUUCUGAUUGGUUAUUUUUUCCACCAAGGGAGGCAAAGCCUCCUUUUAUCACAACAGAUCUAUUCCUUUGAUGGCUGGAUCGAUCUCACACCGUAACGUGCAUAACUGAGAACAGGAGUUACCAUCACUGGGGAUGAACGUAAAUAGUUCGAUAAUCAAUUACGUCGACGUGUUGUUGCAGCCCUAGUUUCAAAUACAGUCUAUGAGGUAGUCUUUUAAGCAGACUAUUCCAGAGCAAAGCCGUCAGAGAAAUUGGUCUUCUGUCCUUCCGAUGAUCAGCCAUGGAUGAGGACGAAAACCAAGAUGAGUUUAUCAAUCGCAGUGCGACCCAGAGCAAAGGAAAAAGGGCUGCGUUGUGGGCCAUCUCAGAUGACUCAGAUGAUGUUGAAGAGGAGUCUGAGGAGGGAGAAUCUGACAGUGGUGAGGAGGACGAAGAGGAGGAUCACCUAGAUGGAGAGGAUGAUGAUGAUGAAGAGGAGGAUGAUGAGGAAGAAGACGCUAAGCCCGAGGACGGAACCUCUGCCGACCUCGCAGGAAUGAGCUCGGAUGAGGAUGCAGAGAAGUGUCCCAUCUGCCUAAACUCAUUCAGGAGCCAGCCUGUUGCAACACCCGAGAGCUGUGAACACUAUUUCUGUCUUGACUGCAUCCUUGAAUGGACCAAGAAUGCAAACUCGUGUCCUGUUGACCGUAUUGCCUUCAAUAGCAUAUACUUAAGAAAAUGUUAUGGCGGCAAAGUGAAGAAAAUGAUCACAGUACAAAAGCCUGUGAAGGAAGGUCAAGAAGAAGUGGUAGAUUUGGACCUGGAGCAGACCAAUUGUGAGGUGUGUGGGGGCAGCGACCGUGAGGACCGCCUCUUGCUCUGCGACGGCUGUGAUUCUGGGUUUCACAUGGAGUGUCUCACGCCACCUCUGGACUCUGUUCCUGUAGAAGAAUGGUUCUGCCCUGAAUGUGUAGCCAACAACCGUCACUCAAGGGAUUCAGCCGAGGGAGUCAGUGAUGCAGAGAUUCGGCCAUCCACUGCCCGUCCUGCCACAAGCCGGACCCAGACCCGUACCGGGGGUCCCAUCAGAGCCAUUGCCCGAACUCAGCAGAGCGAGAGGGUUCGAGCCAACGUCAACCGACAUCGCAUCACACAGGCACGCACAUCGCAGUUUGCUCCCACAUAUCUGAUGCAGUCCACGUGGCUGGAUGAGACUAUUAAUGCUGUGGUGGCUGGGCUCAACACGUCUGUGUAUAUUCGGGACUUAACACCUCGGAUGCCAUCAGGCCGCAGGCGCAGGACUGGAAAGCGCAGAAAGGUCAGAAGAAAGACGACUUCUGCUAAGGGUAAUACUGCAAGCACAGGGGUCAGGAGGAGGAAACGGAGAGUGAGGAGGACUAGAUCCAGAAGGAAGCUGGUGGUGAAAAAAACAGCCACUUCCCGAGGCCGAAUCGCUAAUAAUCUCGGAAUUGUAAAGGACAAGAAGAGCUCUUCGCUCCCCACAGUAUACCGGCCCUCAGAGAACACACUCAGCAGCAUGCGUUCUGACAUAGGUGCUGCAUCCCUCUCCAUCUAUGGAGACCCGUUUGACCUGGAUCCAUUCGUGGAACGUGAGGAGGUGGAGCAGCAGGCCCGCGUGACAUCACUGUUGGAGGCGAAGAGGCGAGGGAUCUCACGCUCUGCUCUUCGCUCUCACCAGCCUGUAGCUCGACCAGUCACUGCAAGUCUGUCCAGGAGGGGUAUGGAUGUCCCCCAAUCAGUGGGUGUUGUGGAUGCGGCUCCUGUACCUGACCUGCUAAGCAGUAUCCUAUCAGGACAGAGCAUGCUCUUGAUGGACAGCUCUGAUGUUGUCAUUAAUCGUGAUGGUUCCCUUAAAGCUACUAAGUCAAUGAUGCCAUCAUCAACGCCAGGUGGCAGCAGAAAUAGUGGCUCAGAAGAUGCAAGCAUCGAGAUCACGCCAGGGAUGUCUCCGCUCCUUGGAGACAGUUCUCCGCCUCUCCACUACAACGGACACCUACCAGGAUCCUCCCAUAGCUCCCUAAACAGACCUUUAUCUCAGGGCUCUUCUCGUUUACCCCCAUUUACCCCCUCUUCAGCUAUCGACACCCAACCAGAUUUACCAACCAGAGGUCAUCCACGUUUGCAGCCACCUCGUCCAAACAGACCCACCCCCUCUCUCGGUCAGCGGGAAACCAAUGAAGUUCGAGCCUCUCGGGAAAACUCCUCCUCUUCCACUCACACUGCACCAAGCUCAAACUCCAAGAGCAACGGAGUAGCUCCUUCACAGUCCCAAUUUAAAAAAACUCAUGCAAAGCCUAUGUGGGUGGAUGUAUCGGUGCUUCCUCGGAUACCAAAAAUAAAACGGGAGAGUGGCGGUGUCACAAAUGAUGGCACUAGUCAAGGUGGCAGUAACAGAAUUGGUAGUAGUAAAGGAAGUGGUAGUAAUUCUACAGCUAGUAGUAAUGGUUAUGGUAUGCCUGAAACGGGCAUGAACAGCCUCGCUGGGGACAAGAACAGGCAGCAAAGUGUCGAUCAGCAAAAAGGCAGGGCUGACGGUCAAGCCCAGAGGCACCGGCCUGACGGUGCAGCCUCAUCAUCAGCUUUCUCCAACUCAUUUUCCUCCUCUUCCUCCUCCACUGGUUCGCCUUCAAGCCAACUACGGCAUUCUUCAUCUUCCUCGUCUUCAUCAGCCGUGAGCUUCCGCAUUAACGCCAGUGGGAACUCCUGGCAGGCGAGGCGGCCAAGCGUUGCGUCGUCCUCCGCCAGUGGAGGCAGCGUUCGCAAACACUGGAGAGAGAAGGAAGAUGAGGCCAAAAAGAGACAGUUGCAUCGGGAUAAGCAGAUCUUGCUGGCAUCACGAGCGCUGGUUAAUAAGGAAGAAGACCGUAAUAAUGUCUAUGAUCCCUUUAAUCCCACUCUGUCAGACUCGAGCAGCUCAGACAGUGAAGCAGAGAGCUCGAGCCUUGAUAAAAGCUCCCGACAUGCCUCACAUGAGGGCAACACUCCUAGUUCAGGAAAUGACGAUUUGGUGCAAAGCAAGCAGGUCCUGGUUCAUGUGAAAACUGAACCACAGGAGACUGAAGUCUCGCAGGAACAACCAAGGAGAGCUAAUGCUCUGGAGCCUGUAUCACAGAGGGUCAGAUGCUCACAGGAAUAUGUCAAAGUUGAAAAGGAAUCAAGAUUAGUAGACAUUAAGGUUGAGACUAUGGUAAAGAAAGAGCCAGAUCUAGAUGAUACAGAGGAAGAAGAGAGGUGUCACGGCAUAAAAAUGGAUUUGAAUUCUGACAAAGCAGACACCACAACACGGGCUCAUCACAGCCUGGAUCUUGUCAAGACAGAGGAAGAGACUCUAGAGGAGGAGAGUGAGAGAACUCGCAACAGUGCUCCCCCUGACUGUCGGAAGGAUUCAUCAGCAUCCAGCUCUGGGCUCAACAAGAGGAAAAAAACAGGAGACUCUCAAUCGGAAUCCCCAUCAAGAGACUUGGGCCGUACAAAGAAAAGCGCCAAAGCUCCAAAGGAGCGAAGCUGUAGCAGCUCAGAGACGGACAGAGGCAGGAGAGGAGACCAUCAUGCCUCUGGUCAGGGAGGCAGGCAGAAAGAAAAGGAGAAGGACGGAGGAAGGAGUUCCAGGCGGUCAAGGUCUAGAGAGAGGAGGAGGGCACGCUCCACCUCACAGAGCUCCCAGUCCACUUCCCCUGACGGGACUAGCAGUAAGAGACGGCGAUCCAGUUCCCGAUCCAAAGACCGGAGGCGAUCCAGAUCCGUUUCGGGCUCUAGUAGUAGAGAGCGUUCAAGGAGGAAGAACCAUAAACAAUGGAGCACGGAGAGAAACGAUGGCAGCGAGAGAGACCGCAAAAGAGGACGCAUGCCACAGGACAAGAGACGAGGUCAGUCUCGGUCAGAGUCACGUUCCAGGUCUAGGUCCUCGUCCAGAUCGAAGCACAACAAACGUGGUCGGUCUCGUUCAAAAUCACGGUCAGAAUCACGAUCCAGAUCCAGGGAAAGGAGGAAAGAUCACACGCGACUGCAACAAGCCUCCGUCUGCUCCAGAGAUAAAGUGGGGUCACGAUCAAAAGACAAGAGGAGACACGGGUCUAGAUCGAGCUCAAGAGAGAGGAGCAAAGAAGAUGGAUCCUCAUCCAAGAGUUCACAGAAAACUUCAGGGCCCUGCACUUUGUCCUCUCAAGACAAAAGGCAGUUACAGGAAAAUAAAAAAGAGAAGAGUAUCAUUCAUAACUCCCUUAAAGAGGAGAAAAUUGCUAAAAGGAUUAAACAGGAGUUCCCCUCCUGUACUUCCAACACUAAUGUUAAAAAGGAAGACAAAGACCUCGGAGCAGACCACAUCGCCACAACAGCAGAAAUGACAAAAGAGGAGGUGAGGGUUGUAAAAGUAAUUAAGAAAGAAAAACCACCAUCACUUGAUAUAUUUGAAGAUUAUCCUAUUACUAAAUCAAUUAAGAAAGAAGAAAUUGACGCCUGCUCUUUGCCAGUAAGCACCGGUGUGGAUAAGGCGGUAAUUGAAGAAGACCUCACAAAGACGACUCAGACGUGUGAAAUCAAGACUGAGCCUUGUGAAAUCAAGACUGAGCCUUGUGAAAUCAAGACUGAGCCUUGUGAAAUCACAAUUAAAUCAGAGCCAAGUUCGCCAAUAUCGUGCCACUCGCCCUGUUUCACCUCAACUUCUACAUUCACAUCAUCUGUUGCCGCGGUCGGUCACCUGGAUGCAGCCUCUCAGACUGUCCGCGUGAAGCAGGAAGUUCUGCAACCCUCGGACUCCGAUGAUGACGACGACGACUUCAAUGUCGACGUGAUGCUCGACAGCCUGGACUACGUGAAGUCUGAGGAGCGCACAGAGGGGAGCGGUGCUGAAGUCAAACAAGAGAAGGAAGUAGAGGAGGGGAAAAAAGGAGAAGAGCAGGUAUUGCCUGUUGUUGGAGCCAAAGCCAAGACUCAAGUGAAGAGGGUCACCUGGAAUAUACAGGAGCCCGAGGGGCCUCAACCACAGAAAUCACCAAGCAAGCUGGCUCUGUAUAAACUGAAGCUGAAGCAGGAAGGAGCUCGCAGGCCGUCCUCCACAGUCCAGACAUCCAGUCAGGACAUCGCUGGAGCGGUCGGUGAGUCCUCCAAGAAAGGUGCAGUUGCUCCACCAACCACUCCCCGCAGAUCUGAUGGUCUUCAUCCACAGGGGUUAUCAGUGACUGAACAAGGAGAGGCAGAGGAAGGAGAUGUCUCGAGGAAAGACCAGUAUUUGAAAAAGUUGCACAUGCAGGAGAGAGCUAUAGAGGAGGUGAAGCUAGCCAUCAAACCUUUCUACCAGAGGAGGGACAUCAACAAGGACGAAUACAAAGAGAUUCUCCGAAAAGCCGUCCAGAAGGUGUGCCACAGCAAGAGCGGUGAGAUCAACCCAGUGAAGGUGGGCAAUCUAGUCAAGGCAUAUGUGGACAAAUACAAACAUGCUAGGAAACAGAGGAAAGGAGAGGACUUAGGGAAUGAAAAAGUCUCUGACAGCCCUUGAUGAGCCCUGAACCACAGGCAAUAUAGGCUGCACUCACCACCACACACUCAUUCAUAUGCUAUACUACGUUUUACUGUGUCCUACCAUCCUGUGUGACUUCAGACUCUGUCACUACAUACACUCAGAUUUCCUCUCAGCUUCAGGAUGGAACAUUUUCUAUAGCGUUGAGCUUUCUAUCCUGAUGGGGACAAACUUUGAUCACCUAAAGCAUCUGUUGGUGUCUUUUCUUGGACAGUCUCUGCCAAGAAUUUUUUUUUGUCCAGUACAGCUCAAGAAACUCGAUGGGAGACUUUGAGGUUCUGCCUUAAAGAGGCAAAUCUGAGAAGACCCCUCAUGGACUGAUAAAUCAGGUAGCUUUCUCCACGGGCAUAUCACUGUGACGAUGCAGCGUGGACUUUUUUGUUUUCUAUGGCUUUUUUGUUUUGUGGGACAGCACGGUUAUUUAUCCAUGGCUUUUUUGGGGGAUGUUAAGAAGUGACAUAAAAUGAUGCAGAGUAUGCAUAUUACGGGAUGUUUGUCACAUUAGGAAAAGGACACUUAUGCAAUUUUUUCAGAAAAUUUAUAAGUAGAGAAAUUGAACAAUUGUAGAUUUGGUUGUAAAUAAUAUAGAUUUGAUAUAUCCUUAUAUGUUCCUUUCGUCUGUGUUGCCUGUUGAAAAUAACUUGACAUAAAUGUUUCUAUUCUAGAGUUGAUUGGUUUGUUUUUUUGUCUCGUAUUUAAACGCCUGUCUUCCACAUUUAACAUCCGUGUUGAAUGAGCUUGAUUAAGUCGGUGCACUGCAGGUGAAUUCUGGUUCGGAACAGAGUCACUCUUUUCAAAAAUACAUCAGUAUCGCUUUUCAACCCUUGACUGAAAAGUAGAGAAUCAGGUAACAUUUAGUUUUUGUGCUAAACCAGCAUAAAAAUAAUUACAAAGAUUUUCACCAUUUCUCUGGAUAAGCUAAAUUUCUUUUUUUGAUUUCUUUUUUUGGGGGGGGGGGGGGGUUCUGUUUUUAAGCAGAUCUUCAUAGCAUCUUUUCAUAUUAAACAUUCAUUAAAAAAAAUAUUGAGCUAAUUCUAUUGCCAUCAUUUUGUGGCUUUGUGAGAUCCAUUUAUUGUCUGUAUAUAAAAAAAGAUCAUGGAGCAUCUCAUAAACCACAGGAUAGAAUUCACUUUAGUUGGCAAAUUAAACUAAUAAUUUCAGUGUCGACUUUAUAAGUGUCUGCAGUAUUCGAUGCGACCUCAUUAAUGACUGAUGUGUGGGUUUAGAUUAAAUCCUCUUGUUGAUAUCUGUUGCUACUCUGCAUUGUUUUCCUUACCAUUGUAAAGUCAUUGCGUUCUUUGAAGUCAUGGUUUUGUCUUUGUCAGUUUGUUUGCCCUCUGAAAAGACUCAUCAGGUUUCAGGUUGAACUUCAAUUUGGCUUUUUAAAGACUGGGACUGACUGGA